CUGAUUCCGAGCGAACAAAUUCACAAAAUUCAGCAUUUUAUAUUCCAAAAUGGACACGGGCGUCAGACGGGAAGAGGUGCUGCGGCUGAUUCUGUGCCAGCUGUCGGCAUACGGGUUCUCCAGCCUCAGCCAGGCAAUUGCUACGCACACAGGCGUGCCAAUGACGGCUGACAGCAAUUCGCGACUGGAGGAGCUGGUCUCGCUGGGCCUGCGUGCUGAAAAGGGCCAGGCAGCCGCCGAGGACAAUGCGCGCACCGAGGAAGCCAUGGAGACCGAGGGCGAUGACAAAUCGAUGGCUGGUGACGACGACUCGUUUACAGGCACAGCAUUGGAUCUGGAGGCGCCGCGGCGAGGGCUGACGGCCAGCGACGUGCCCGACUACCGGCUGUGGUACCAGACAACGCACAAGGGCAUAGCGACAACCGCCGGGUUCAGCAAUGACGGCCGGUACAUAGCGACGGGCUCGAUGGAUGCGUCGCUGAAGCUGAUCGAGGUGGACCGCCUGCGUGGGCCGUCGGCCGAGCCUGCCGGUCCAGACGAGAAGCCGGUGAUCCGGGCCAUGUACAACCAUGAGCUGGGAAUCACGGGGCUGGCGUUCCACCCGAACGGGCUGGUGCUGGCGUCGUGCUCGUCGGACCGCACAAUCAAGCUGUUUGACCUGACGGUGGUGCGCGGCAAGCACGCAUUCAAGACCAUCCAGGACAACUUCGCCUACCGCUCGAUUGCAUUCCACCCGAGCGGCGAGUAUAUUGCCGCUGGCGGGGAUGCGCCCGAGAUCCGCCUCUACGAUGUGAAGACGUCGCAGGGAUACCUGCUGGGCGGAGAUGCGCAUGCAAAGAGCGUGACGCAGGUGCGGUACUCGAACACCGGCUCGCUGGUUGCCAGCAGCUCGAGCGACGGAACCGUCAAGCUGUGGGAUGGCCAGGCUGGCAAAUGCGUGCGGACGAUUGCCGACGCACACGGCGGGCGGGCGGUCACGGGCGUCAGCUUCUCCAAGAACCGCAAAUACUUGCUGUCCACCGGGCUUGACUCCCGCGCGUGCCUGUGGGACGUGGGCACCGGGCGCCUGGCAUGUGCAUACGAGGGCGCGGCCCUGGAGUCGCUGAGCGCGAGGGCGGUCUUCUCGUUUGACGAGGCGUUUGUGAUGGCUGCCGAUGAGCGAUCCAACUCGGUGGUGACGUGGGAUGCUCAGUCGGGCGAGCUGCUGAAGCGGUCGGCCCACCACCACGCAGCGGUGACGUGGAUUGAGCCGGCACCCAACGCCCACGCAUUUAUGUCAUGCUGCGCUGACCACAAGAUCCGGUAUUGGAGCCCCGAGCCCGCUGCAAACUGAGCUAUUUUUGUCUCUGCCGCUUGUCGGGAUUA